CAGUUGCAUGAGUCUUUCUCUGACGUCUCUACACAACAUUUUCCGUUAAAGAGUAUUGCAGGAAAGACAACCACGAUGUUACGUUUAAUAUUGAUCCUUGCGGUUACGAGUUUGACUCUAGCUGCCCCACACGAGGAAUUGGUUGAGAAGCGUCACCCACCUUCCUUAUAUAAAGUUAUUGAAGGCCCAAUGGACUGGUAUGAAGCUAAAGUCCGAUGUGAAGCUAUGUGGGGAUGGCAACUUGCACAACCAAAAACUUUGGCCCAAAUGAACGCGAUAAUGAGCUUAUAUGUGGCAGGAUUUUAUUGGCUUGGUAUAACCGAUGAAAACCACGAAGGGACUUUCACUUAUUACUCAAAUAAUGAAGCUCUUGAUUUCACCAACUGGGAUAAAGACGAGCCAAAUAAUGAACUUGGAAAUGAGAACUGUGUUGAAGUCUGGAAAUUGGAUGGCAAAUGGAAUGACGUUAAUUGUACGGUGAAACGGGCCAAUGCAUUCUGCGAGUGGCAUGGCGAUCACGGUGAACCUCAUAUGAGGACAUUCGAUGGGCGUUCAUAUAAUUUCCAAGGGAUAGGCUGGUACUCUCUAUUCAAGGACUGUUCCGACAAUCCCCAUUUUGAAGUCACAACCAAGUUUAAACCAAGGGAUGACAGUACCCCAGACCAAAUCAAAACGAAAACUGUCGCAAUUAAAGUAACUGUUGGAAAUCAAUACGCAAUUAUUGAUGGUCUUGAUGUUACUACAGGACGUAUAGGUGGACAGGUGACUGACGCAAAACAUAUAACAAUCCAGGAAGAAGAGAAAAAUAUUAAACUGCACUUCACUUCGAAGGACACAACCUUCAGUCUUAACUGGACUCUGAGAAAGCACGCAUUAGAUGUAUCCUACAAUGGCUCUUUUUACAACGGAAAGCUAUGCGGUCUGAUGGGUAAUGCAGAUGGUGAUCCCCGCAAUGACUUCCAGAAACCAGAUGGUAGCAUUGUCAAAGAUGCUUUUGAGUUUGGUGAAAGCUGGAAAUUAAAUUACAAAAAGUGAAUUUGACUAGGAAACAACUGACGAAAGCACGAGCGUGGUAAUAACUUGAUCCUGGUUAGAAAGCAAUAUUUUCAACAUUCUAUGGUGAUGGUUAUCUGUGAAAUACACAACAAUUCAGAUAUUGCGAUAUAAAGCAGUAUACACUAACGUUAUCGUGAAAUUAGAUAAUUAAUACACGUAUUGCUCAACAAGGUUAGUUCAAUAAAUAUAUGUGGGAAAGCAGA